AUGGCGAAGCAGUCGUGUUCCUGCUGCAAGGAAGAUCACUCCAUGUACCGGUGCCCCAAAUUCCAACAAAUGAAUUUGCCGGACAGGAAGGCUGUCGUCUCAAGGGCCAGUCUUUGUUUCAACUGCUUGCGAGCACUUCAUCAAGUCAGUGAGUGUCCGUCCGAGCAAGGGUGCAAGGUGGAAGGAUGCAAUCGAAAGCACCACAGUUUCUUGCAUCCCACCAACCCAACCAGUAGCGCAAAGAUGGAAGCUGAUGGUGCUGCUGAAACGCCAACAACAUCGAAGUACACCACUGCAACAAUGUGUGCUCACUUGGGAGCAGCCAAUAAGCAGGUGCUACUAUCGACAGCGCACGUGCUAAUUGUCGGGAAGAAUGGCUCCACUGUUAAGUGUCGAGCGCUUCUUGACUCCGGAUCUGACAGUCACAUCAUAAGUAAGACUUUGGCCUCCAACCUUAGGAUCAACAUGCGACCAGUUGAACUUCCGGUUAGUGGACUCAACGACACUCAGACCCGUGUGAAUUAUACUCUCUCGACACGCAUCAAAUCAUGUGCCAACGACUUUUCCACCUCUGAGCUGGAAUUUUUGGUUGUGCCAUCAUCUGUGUCUGCCAACCUACCUCUAUGCGAAGUAGAUACACGAACAUUAGAAAUUCCGACCGGUCUUACAUUGGCAGAUCCAGCUUUAACUUUCUAUAUCCCUGAUCCGGUUGACGUAAUCAUCGGUAACGAAAUCUUCUUCGACUUGGUACGAGAUGGUAGAUUGAAAAUGAGCAACAGCAGCCUCACCCUAGCAGAAACAGAAUUAGGCUGGGUGAUGUCAGGUUCUGUUCAGCCUAGGAAACCCAAACCUCUUCCACGUGUGUGCCAAUUGAACCAUAAACAGGCCGAACUUUAUGCUACUCUGAAUUCACCGUGGAAAGAUUCAUCGCAACCUGGCGAUUCUUGUGAAGAAACAGUGCGUGCUAAUAACGUUGGUUGCAAAGCAGUGGCGACUUGGAAGCAUCGUGACUUUUCAUCCAGGCGAAGACAACAUCGACGGUACUGCUCAAAAAGCUUCGGUUGA